AAAGGAAGGCAGUCCACCCCCGGCAUUGUCAUCAAAUCAAGAAAAUGGGUGCCUCCGCAGCACCCAUUUCUCAUCUUCUUCCCUCCGCCUUAAACCCCAAAACCCCUUUUUUUAUUUUAUCCAAAAAGCUCUGCCAAACAACCCCUAGAAUAAAAUCAUCAUCAUCAUCAUCAUCAUCAUCAUCAUCAUCAUCAUCAUCAUCAUCAUCUUCCUUGAAUAUACAAAGAAGGCAAUUGCUGCUGUUGUCAGUCCCUGUUGUAUCUUACACAAGUAUUUUUCAGUACAAUUCCAAGAGUUUUGCAGCUCCUGGCUAUGACCCAGUUAGCCCAGCUGAGAGAGAUGCAAGUUUGAGUCUUUCUCAGAGAGUUUCUGAAGCUGUGAGUUUGCUUGAGAAAGGCAGGGACUUGCAGGCUCAGGGUGACUUUAUUCAGGCUCUUCAAUGCUUCUCUCAGGUGGUGAAAGAUUACAAAGAUUUUGCCCUUUCAGAUUAUGCAAGAGUAGGUCGAGCAAUAGCAUUGUACGAGGUGGGUGACAAAGAAGAAGCAAUAGCAGAGAUGGAGGAUGUUUCCAUCUCCUUGAAAGGAUAUCCUGAAGUACACGCCGCUCUAGCAGCAGCAUUAUACUCGGACAAGCAUGCUCCCCUUCUUGCCGAGAACCAAUUCACAAUUGCAACUCUUCUUGAUCCUCACUAUACAGAACUCUCAUAUGUUAGAGAGACAAAGCACUGGCCCCCAAGUUUAGUUAGCUCUCUGCAAAACUUUAUCACACUUUCCUAAUCCUUACAUAUCACACUUAACCACAACUCAAGUGUUGUGACCUUCCUGGAUAAACACAUACACAGUUUCUAUUCAGGUACAUUAUUAAAUGAAAUGGUAUAUAAAUUGUGCAUGCAUGUUGUUCGACA